AUGGCUGAGAAGGACAUCAUUUGCAUUGUCUCUUCGGGGUACAAAGCGGUAUUUUUGAAGAUUAACUCCUCAACCACCAUCCUGGAUCUCAAAUUUGAUGUGGCAGAGAGGUUAGGUAUUCCAUAUGAGUCUUUAAUUCUGUCAUACGAAGAUGAAACAGCUGGAAGCUUAAAAUUUCCUAUUGAGAACGAGGGGGACAUGAUGUCUAUGGUGGAGCAUUGCCACAAUCUUGGACUGAAAGAGGUUCACAUGAAAGCUUUUAAAGAAGCUGAUGAUAUCAUUUGCAUUGUCUCUUCGGGGUACAAAGCGGUAUUUUUGAAGAUUAACUCCUCAACCACCAUCCUGGAUCUCAAAUUUGAUGUGGCAGAGAGGUUAGGUAUUCCAUAUGAGUCAUUAAUUCUGUCAUACGAAGAUGAAACAGCUGGAAGCUUGAAAUUUCCUAUUGAGAACGAGGGGGACAUGAUGUCUAUGGUGGAGCAUUGCCACAAUCUUGGACUGAAAGAGGUUCACAUGAAAGCUUUUAAAGAAGCUGAUGAUUUGCAGAAUAUACACUGCAAUGAGCGAGUCCAACCUUGCAAAGAGCAAGUCCCACAAGACAUCGCUUCCAGAAGUCUAAACUCGAAAAGUAUAGACUGUGGCCCGCCGGAGUUGUCGUCCACAACUGUUGCAGAUAAGAAUCCCAAUGACAUUCCUUCAAGAGAUAAUGUUAUGAUGAUUGAUGACAUGAUUAGCAGAUCUGAGAGGAUUCCUGCUUGGUGGCACACUGCGUUAACUGGGGAGGGGCAACGUUUUGAAAGUGCGAAGGAGUUAAGAUUGGCCUUGCUAUACUACUUCAUGGCCAAAAAAUUCGAAUAUGAGUUUGUGAAGAAUGAACCAAAGAGUAUUCGAGUUUUUUGCCGGUUUAAGGUAGCCAAAAAUUGCCCAUGGAUGUUAUUUGCCUCUCCGCCGAAAAAUGAUAAUAGACUUAAAAUAAAAAGGUUCGUGGACAUUCACAACUGUGGACAACAUGCCAAUAAUGCAGGUCAAUCUAGAGCCUCUCGUCAUUUCAUUGCUACCCAAUUACAACCCACGUUGAAGGUACGUCCGGAUAUACGACCUAUUGACGUUCAGAAGGAGUUUCUAAGUUCAUAUGGGAUUAGGGUUGAAUAUAGUAAGAUUUGGUGGGGUAAAGAAAAAGCUCAAGAGCGAUUAUAUGGUGAUGCUUAUGAGUCCUACGAUCAAUUGAGAUGGUAUGUAGACGAGGUUAAGAAGACAAAUCCGGGAAGCUACAUUCAUGUUGAACAAGACGAGGGUAGGUUUACAAGGAUAUUCAUCUGCUAUGCGGCCUGCAUAAAUGGUUUUUUACAAGGUUGCAGACCACUUAUAUUUUUGGAUGGAACCUUUCUGAAAGAUCGAUUCAAAGGUAUACUAUUAAGCGCCGUAGCAUAUGAUGGCAAUCAGGGGAUAUUUCCAUUGGCCUAUUGUAUCUGCGAUCAAGAAAAUAAUGUUAACUGGAAGUGGUUCCUACAAGGUCUGUGGUCCAUUCUCUAUGAAAGGGCAGAUCCAUACAACCCUCCACAUAAGCUAGUGAUAAUUUCAGAUGCGGAUAAAGGGAUCAGAGAAGCAGUUAGAGAAUUUUUUCCCGAUUCUAUACACUCUCGCUGUGUGCUGCAUCUGGUCGAGAACUUCAGAACAAAGUUGAAGGAUUUGGGAUUCAAGUCAAAGGAUUCUCAGAUCUUGGGUAAUCUACUGCAAUCUGCCUGUUACAAAUAUACUAGAGCAGAAUGGAACGAUUACAUGGACGACAUUAGACUGGUUGACGAAAGAGCUUACAAUAUUGUGAUGAACUACGCUCCAGAAAACUGGGCCAAUGCGUUUUUUCCUGGAGUUAGGCAAAGUCAUUCAACAAAUGGAUUCAUGAGGCAAGGCUUCUACGGAUACUCCAACUGA